AUGAUGCCCAGGGGCGUCACCUCUCUGUUGCUGGGUUGCGCUGUCCUGGCCGUGGUCGCCGGCCAGGCUGUUCCGACAUCCGAGGCCGGCACGCCGGUUACCAAGACCAUCCCCCUCACGGCAUUCUCGAACAUCUCCAUCUGUACACCCCUGAACACCCUGGUGCUUCCCGGGCCGGCCGGCCAGUAUGGCAUUGUGCUCAGUGGCGAGCCGGAGGUCCUGGCCGAGAUCGACGCGAGCGUCACGGGGCAGGUGCUGUCCAUCGUGCUCAAUGGACCCAUCGACACCUCCCAGGAGGUGAAGGUGACCGUCAUGCUGCCCGCGGACGCCCUGAGCGCGGUGGAGCACUACGCACCCGGUGCUGACGUGGUGAUCGCACGUGGGUUCCAGGCCACCGAUUUCAGCGCCAAGAGCGCCUUUGGGGCGGGGGAGCUCUACAUCCAGGGGCUCACAGCCACCAAUGUGCACCUGGAUGUGGCAGGGCUUGGAAAUGUGGUGCUGGAGGGCACCUACACCAACGUGGCAGCCACAUCGUCAGGCACUGGGAGCCUCUACAUCGUGGGCGUCAGCACACAGGUGUCCCUGCAACUCAGCGGGCUGUCGAAGGCUUAUGUCAUCCCCAGCGGCCCCACAGCUUCCAUCACCGGAUCCGCCAGCGGGCAAGUGGACCGGGAUUGUUGGAGGGGCAGUUCGCAAGGGGACCUGGUCUGGGGUGCCAGGGGUUUCAGGGUGUGCGGCGCAGGGAUCAACAACGUAUACUACACCACUGGAACUUGCGACGUGGCCUCCCAGUUCGCCUUCCUCGGCGGCUGCCAGCUGCAGGCCAGCAUCCUGGUCCCCCCUCCCACGGGCGUGUGGACCUGUGGACUGGUGACCUCCGGUGCCUUCCAGUGCGCCACAACUGGAUCGACGUACUCGACCUCCGCCACCGGCGCCACGGCCGUCUCUGGUGCGGUGGGGUCCCAGGUGCUGACCGGGACGACGGCGGGGACGGGGGGCCUCCCCCCCUCCAGCUACUCCUUCGCCGUGCCCGCCGCGGAGGGCGGCGCGCAGCAGGCCGGCUCGGUCACGCCCACCGGCUCCAACGCUGCCUCCUCGGUGGCGGGCAGCGGCCCCGUCAGCGCGGUCAGCGUGGCCGGCCCGGGCAGCGCCACCACCAGCACCACGCAGGACGGCGUGACCACCACGGGCGGGACGGGGCUGGCCGGCUUCUCGCCGGCUGCCGGGCGCCUGGGCCUGGAGGCCGGGGGCGUGGUGCCCGUGGCCCCCCUCCAGGCGCAGGACAACGGCUACAGCUUUUCCGCGCCCGGUGCGCAGCAGGCCGGGGCGGUGACCCCCACCGGCACCAACGCCGCCUCCUCCGUGGUCGGCACCGGCUCCGUCAGCGCGGUGGCCAUGACGCCACGCGAGGCCAUGGCGACUGUCGGAACACCCAGCAACCCAGGCGGGUAUCACACCAUUUUCGAAAAGUACGAUCGGUCACACUCGCGAGCCCUCAAUGUCGACGACGUGCGCAGACUCCUGGACGACUUUGGGUUUCUGAAGGGCAAGUCUGACACAGACUCUGCGGAGCUGGUGCUGAGCCACUUCACAUCCGCAGACCAGGACAGGGACAGCAAGCUCAGCUUUGACGAGUUCUCAGGCCUUUACAGCAAGAGCAUGACCAACACCCAGUUUGUGAAGUUGGACCACGAGCUCCUGACCCGGGUGCGGCAGGUAUUUGCCCGCUUCGCCGCGUUCGGCGCCCCCCGGCCCAGCUUCACGCCGCCACGGCCUGGAUCUGUCGCCAGCGAGGCCAAGCCCGGCAUGGACUGCACGCGGCUGGUGAAGCUGUGCCGGGAUGCAGGUAUCGUGCGGGGCCCCAAGAGCGUCACGACCGUGGAGCUGGCCUUUGCAAAGGCAAAGCCCAAGGCCGGGCGGCGCAUCGGCUUCAGGGACUUCCUGCGGGCCCUGUCCCUCAUCGCCGAGUCCAAGGGCGUUCCCGAGGAAGAUGUCCUGGCGAGCGUGGCUGCGUGCCCCGAGCCCACCCUGACCCAGACCACAAUCACUCAGUCCUUCAAGCACCAUGUAGACAGGAGCACAGAGUCCCAGCAGAUCCGCGUCAACCUGACGGCCACGCCGGGUACCUGA